ACCCGAAGCUCGUUUUCACAACUCGACUCAUUGAUUAGGUGAUGGAUUGUGAAAGUUAGCGAAACGCACCGAACUCUUGGCUGAACUUUUUUCUGAAUGAUCCGCACGGGUGAAGUUGUGGCGAGUGGCAAUGCUCACUCUUCCCUCUUAGCUGCAAUGUCAGUUUAACUUUUAGAUGGAUUAUUCUUAUCACGUUCCGGAAAAUCGGUUUCUUGUGUUUCACCGCGCGACAAAGUUUCUCCUGAAGAAAUCGUUGACUCGACGCGCGCGACACUGAGAGGAUCCGCCGGACGGUCUAAACGGAGAGACCUAAGGUCACGCCAAUCUUGAAACCGUCACUAAGUCCCGGUCUUGGCCUCGCGUCCUCCUGUCACCAUGGAGACCAACACGACGACAGCGUCGGACAAGAAGGAGUGUAAGUCGUCCAGCCUGGACGGCCAUGUACACGGCUUCAGUGACCUGCCCAAGAAACCCUCACCCACCAUGACCAGAGCCCCCCAGCACAUGUUCCCGACGUUCCACACCCCCAUUCCCAUCGACAUGCGCCAUCACGAGGGCCGCUACCACUACGAACCGCACGCUCUCCACGCCAUGCACGGUGCCCCAGGUCUGGGGGGCAGUCCGGUGAUCUCGGACAUCUCUCUGAUCCGCUUGUCCCCGAGCGCGGCGGAGCCGGCCUUCGCCCACCCGCACCCCUACAUCAGCCCCCACAUGGAGCACUACCUGCGCUCCGUCCACUCCAGCCCCACCCUCUCCAUGAUCUCCGCCGCACGAGGACUCAGCCCCGCCGACGUGGCCCAUGAACACUUAAAGGAGCGUGGCUUGUUUGGUCUCCCCCCUCCUCCGGGGGCGAACCCUGCCGAGUACUACCACCUGAUGGCCGCUCACCGGAACCCCUACGGGGAGCUCCUGAUCCAGGGGGCCGGGGCUGCUGCCACACACCUGCCCGACUACAUCAGCCCCGUCGAUGUGUCCCGUUUCUCCAGCCCGCGGCUGACCCCUCGUCUGAGCCGCAAGCGAGCGCUGUCCAUCUCGCCGCUCUCGGACGCCAGCAUCGACCUGCAGACCAUGAUCCGCACUUCGCCCAACUCCCUGGUGGCGUACAUCAACAACUCGCGCUCCAGCUCGGCCGCCAGCAGCUCCUACGGGCACCUCUCUGUCGGGGGCAUCAGUCCGUCCUUCGCGUUCCCCCACCACAUCAACCCCAUGGCGUACCAGCAGCUGCUGUCCCAGCAGAGGGGCCUGGGCUCCUUCACCCACACGCCACCGCUCAUCCAGCCCUCGCCCACCUUCUCCACCCGCCAGCACGCCCUGGGCCUCUCCGGCCUGCCCACCUCUGCCCUCAACAACGACGCCGAGGCCAAGAACAUGAGUGGAGACUCGGCCGUCAGCAGCACCGUCAACCCCCUUAUCACCAAGAGGUCAAAGGUCAAGUCGGAGGUGGAGUGCCCGCGGCCCCUGUCGCCUGGUUCGCCGGAGCACUUGGGUGGGAUGCUGGAGCUGAAGGAGGACCUGGACAAGGAUGAGUGCAAGCAGGAGCCGGAGCUGGUGUACGAGACCAACUGCCACUGGGACGGCUGCACCAAGGAGUACGACACCCAGGAACAGCUGGUCCACCACAUCAACAACGAGCACAUCCACGGGGAGAAGAAGGAGUUUGUGUGCCGCUGGGAGGAGUGUUCACGGGAGCAGAAGCCCUUCAAGGCCCAGUACAUGCUGGUGGUGCACAUGAGACGCCACACCGGCGAGAAACCACACAAAUGCACUUUUGAGGGCUGUGCUAAAGCGUACUCGCGCCUGGAGAACCUGAAGACCCACCUGCGCUCACACACCGGGGAGAAGCCGUACGUGUGUGAGCACGAGGGCUGCAACAAGGCCUUCUCCAACGCCUCGGACCGCGCCAAGCACCAGAACCGCACACACUCCAACGAGAAACCGUACGUGUGUAAGAUCCCCGGCUGCACCAAGCGCUACACGGACCCCAGUUCGCUCCGGAAGCACGUGAAGACGGUCCACGGUCCCGAGGCGCACGUGACCAAGAAGCAGCGGAGCGACAUGCCGCGUCCGCCCCAGCGAGAGAACGGCGAGAACGAGGCCGGCUCCAAACUGAGCGGCCGGGGAGGAGGAGGAGGAGACACAGAGGGGGGUCACAGCGCCUCCAGAGGAGUGGAUGACUACCUGCACGUCAAGUCCAUCAAGACGGAGAACUCUGUGAUGUAUCAGUCCAGCCCUGGCGGUCACUCAUCAUGCAGCAGUGAGCCGUCGCCACUUGGCAGUGCCACCAACCAUGACAGUGGAGUAGAGCUGGCGCUGACCAGCGGGGGCAGCAUGGGUGACCUGAGCGCCCUCGACGAGCCCUCGCCCGCCGGGCUUGGGCUCGCGUCCACCGCCGCCGACUCCACCGCCACCGCCUCUGUCUCCAUGGGAACCAUGUCGGUCGGCCUCCACCUCCGCAAGAACGCCUGCAACACACUCAAACUGGACCACCUGAAGAGGGAGAAGCUGAAGACGGUGAGGGACUCCUGCUCCUGGGCCAACAUGCCGCCCCCUGGCAUCAACGCCAAGCUGCCGCCCCUGCCAACCAGCGGUUCCAUUCUGGAAACUUCCGGCAGCAGUGUCCCCCCCGGCCAGAUCAUGGGCCCCCGCCUGAGCGACCUUUGCCCCGGCGAGGUGACGGUCCUGAGCCGUCUGAGCGAGCGCCGCGACAGCACCAGCAGCACGCUGAGCUCGGCGUACACCCUGAGCCGCCGCUCGUCCGGCUUCUCCCAGUGCUACUCCAGCCGACGCUCCAGCGGCGCCUCGCAGCUCGGCGGGAACGUCAGCGGCGCCGGCGGGAGGCCGAACAACCUCAGCUCGGCCGACUCGUACGACCCCAUCUCGGCCGACCUGUCGCGCCGCUCCAGCGAGGCCAGCCAGGGGGCGCCGGUGUCCCUGAGCCUGACGCCCGCGCAGCACUACCGCCUCAAGGCCAAGUACGCCGCCGCCACGGGCGGGGCACCCCCGACGCCGCUGCCCAACAUGGAGCGCAUGAGCCUCAAGAACCGCGUGGCGCUGAUGGGGGACGGCGGCGGAGGGGAGUCGGGCGGCGGCGGGUACCCCUACGGGCACGCGCCGGCGGUGCCCAGGCGCUGCAGCGAUAGCGGCUACGCUAACGUGAGCAUGCUGCCGCACGAGGCGCCGGGCCGACUGCCGCGGAGGGCCAGCGAUCCCGUGAGGCGGGCGCCGGGGAUGGAGCCUCUGAUGUCGCCGCCGCAGCGCUUCAACAGCUUGAGUCGCGUCAACGUCCAGCAGCCCAUGGGGCUGUCCGAGCGACAGCUGCACCUGCAGGGGUACGUGCACUCGGACGGCAACGGCAACCUCCAGUGCGCGCCCUACGCGCCGCGACCCCCCAGCAUCUCCGAGAACGUCGCCAUGGAGACGCUGGCCUGCGGGCCGAACGGCGGCGGUGGCGAGGACGAGCUCGUGCUGCCGGACGAUGUGAUGCAGUACAUCACGACUCAGCCGGACGUGACGACCCAGGCGGCCCCGAUGAACGGCUUCGCCCCUCAGACGCAGGAUUACCACGGCAACCAGCUCCCUCUGAAACAGCACCCUCAGCAGCACUCUCAACAGCAACAGCAGCAGCAACAGCAGCAGCAGCAGGCGUGUUUCUACCAGAGACGGAUGGCAAUGGUGGACGCCAACAUGAACACCAGCCCUGCCAGGCAGCCCCCGCUGUGCCACAUGAGCCCUGGCACCCAGCAGCACGGGCAGGGGCAGGGGCAGGGGCGUGGGCAUCCGGCGUCGCCUGGCUCGGUCAGGACCAACCUGCCGGUGCAGUGGAACGAGGUCAGCUCUGGCUCGGGACCGACAGACGGAUCGCCGUGCCAACCCAAGCAGAGCUUCGCCAGGGAGCGGCAGAACCUCCCCAUCGCCGGCACCGGCCCCGGCCCCGCAGCCGCCGGCGUCCAGCACAAACACCACCAGCUGGGCCCCGGCCAGAACCUGAGCCCCAACCAGCAGGUCCGACCAAUGAGCCAGAACCUGGCCCAACACCACCACCACCUCCACCCCCUUCACAACAACAACCACCAGGGCUUCAGCGCUCAGAGGGGGGGCAGCACAGACUUCCUCUCCCAGAGGAUGAACUGUGUCCAGGCACAGAGGCAGCAGCAGCAGCAGGGGAUCAACCACAAUGAGCAGGUUCGGCUCCAGCACAGCUACAACCAGGGCCUGGUGUCGACGGACGUGAACGGAAACGCCAUGCAGACCCAGUACCCGCCCCGCGGCAGCUUGGCAGGAAGCGGGGCAGAUCUGCUGGGCACGGGCGUCGGCGGCGGCGUUGUUGGCGGUGGUGGUGGCGGCGGUAAGAGGCUGAGCCAGCAGUCCACAGACUUGCAGAAUAACAGGUUAAGGACUCCGCUCGCGCCCAGUCAGAGCCAUGUCACCUUCCAGCCUCAUCAGGAAAAUUACUCCCAGAUGAACUCCGACCAGAAGAAUUACGCGGCCACGCCAGCGCCCCAGCUUCCUCUCCUGCGCGGAAACCAGGGGCUCGUCCAGCCAAGGCCGCCCACGGAACCCAAAACCUCCAGCCAGAGGCCCUCGGGGCCGAGCACAAUGCAGCAACCUGGCUUCCCACAGUCGACCUUCAGUCCCGCUUACGGCUCCUCCGAGGCGAGCCCGAAAAAGCCUGGCACGAUCGCCCACGACACCACGGACGCCAACGACAACGCCAUGUUCUACACCGGGCAGAUCCACAUGUUCGAGCCCGACAACUUGAACCUGCAGACGUCCUCCUGCACCAGGGACGACAACGCCGACGACUCGUUGGUUACCAUGGCGUCUCCGGGGACCAAUCAGGUGUCGAGUACGGUGGACUCCACCCACGGCUUGGAGCAGCCGCAGAUCGAUUUCGACACCAUGCUGGACGACGGCGACCACUCCAGCCUCAUGUCUGGCACCAUCAGCCCCAGCAUCCUCCGGAGCCUAUCCCAGAAUUCCUCCCGCCUGACCACGCCCCGCAACUCCGUCACGCUGCCCUCGGUGCCCGCCGGAGUGGGCAACAUGGCCAUCGGGGACAUGAGCUCCAUGCUGUCUGCUCUGGCCGAGGAGAGCAAGUUCCUCAACAUGAUGUCUUAA